UUUGGGCUCAAGAGUACUCCAGGACUUGGAUUGAUUGUGAACCCACACGCUUCCGAUGCGGCUGUUUCGAUAUGUCCUCUUUGUGCUCCUAGGUGUCAACCAGGCGCAGGUGGUUGAUGUCCUGACAAAGGUGAAAACUUUUAGGGACUCAGGCCUGGCCCUUCUCGAUGGUCUUGCUGAAGAGUUGAAAAGCAAAAACGAGGAGGCCUUGUCUGAGAAGACCAAGAAGUUCCGAGAGGAUUGGCUGAGUGUCCUGGGAGUGCACAAAGGCCUCACAGGUUUGGCCAAGGAUUUCACCAUGAACUAUUUUGGUCGAGAAGCCUACCACAGCGUGAAUGGUCCCUUGGUGGAUGCCAUUAAGGGGGCCUCGGCAGCGCUGGGCAGGAAUCCGGAUGCAGCAGCAUUUCAGCAAGCUUUGAAAAAGGUUUGCUUUGAAGGGAAGCGGAUCUUCCAGGCGGGAGGUUCUUUGCACGAGAUGCUCUCUGACUUAUUAGAGUUGCUGGAUGAUAAACAAGUGAAAAAGGCACUGCCAGCUGCGUUGCGCGGAAGCCAGCUUAUAGAUGCAUUGAACUACUUCGCUGGACCUCGAGAAGAAGCACACCAAGAAGAGCUCUAGGAGGAGGCGUCACACCUGCAAGGUCUACACUGCACAAAGAUGCAAUUUGUGCCUUUGCGAAGCGGGAUAAAAGGCAUUUUCAACUCAAACGGCACCUGGAAUGGCCAAGC